AUGAUCAAAGAGCUGCGUUGGAAGAAGAAAGUGGUCCGGAGAAGACAGGCGUACAUCGCAAUCAUGAAGAUAAGAAAUAUUACAAGAAGCAGCAUCAGAGAUAGUAAACAAAAGUUUGAAUACAAAGGCUUUGGAGGGUAUAUAAAAGAACAGAGAGGAAGGCUCUACAUUGUAAGAAGAUGUAUUGUGAUGCUUCUUUGUUGGGAAGAUUAAUGCUUUUCCCUGUAUUUCUCAAACAUGUAUAUACACUGCUACAGCUAGCAGCAAUUUUUCUUGACAUUGUUAACUCAGCAAGGUGUUUGUGUUUGAUUGCCUGUGUUUUCUUAGAUAUUUAUUUUUAAGGACUUGCGGAAGCAUUGUUGUCUUUUAUUUUUUUAGUUCUCCCGUAAAAUCUUAAAUCAGGCUGUCAU